AUGCAAAAAUACACAGCUGAAGAAAUUAAGGAGGAAAUUGAGCUCGAUGAAGAUACUAACCAAGAAAUUGAUUACAUUUCAUUAUUUGCUAAAGAAAAAAAAGGUGGUGGUGGUAUACCAAAACGUGGCAGUAAAGAUUUCGAACCAGAUGGAUCAGAGAUCCAACGUGACACACUAUCAAACUCAUUAAAUGCUCUUCAAAAAACAUUAAGUGAAGAACGAAAUGUAUCAAGUCGGCAAUUAUGUAAAGCAAUUUGGCAUCCGGCUCCAAUAUCUAAGGCAAUGAUUACUGUUAGUAAAGGAUCGCAUUUUCAUAACAUGGGACAUGCUAUAGAAGGAAAUAUGUGGUUAUAUCCUGAAGAGUGUUUGUUUUUAAUGGACAGAUGUUCGUUGAGCACACAAUGCCAUGAUGUAGAGAUGUCCAUACAACAUGCGUAUUGCGAAAUGAUAGACGGGUGGUUAACGUUAGAGAAAUAUCAGGUUUAUGCUUAUUUGAAAAGGAUAGGUUUUACGGUAUUAAGAACGAAAUCUUCACAAUCGACACAAUCAUCCUCAAGUAUUGUGAGUACUUCCUCAUUAUACUCACAUUUGCAAUCAACAUCGCGACCUCCUUCACACAAAAAUUCCACAUCUUAUCAACUACUACCGCAACAAUUACAACUUCCAUGGGUUUUAAACCGAAUAAUUUCCUUCAUCAUUUCCCCAUUCAUAUACUUUACAAAUUCACUCAUUUCAUCAGUAUCUUCAACUAGCAUAUCUACAAAUGACAAUACAAUGAAUCAAAGAGCAAAAAUUUUAGUUGAAUCUGGUGAAUGUAAAACAUAUGAACAAGUAUAUAAGAAAUUACAAAUAAUCGAAUCAUCUUCAAUCACGUUACAUUAUAAUUCCACCGUUGAAGAUGAUUAUAAUAUCGAUUUUUUGGUGUAUAAAGAAUCUGCACCUGGUAAAUUCAAGAAAAAAAAUCCCGGGCAACCUUUAUUUCACGUUGUAGUAGCAAGUGCUGAAACACAAAAACCUCCGUCUCCAUCAACUCUCUACAAUUUAUUCACCUCAUCACAAAUUUCCUCUUCAGUUAUAAAAAGUAUCAUAUUCGCAAUUGUAGAUGGAUCAAAUAUUUCAUUUUUAGAAUAUAAUGAUAUAAGUUUUAAUAAUGUGCAUGUAAAUUUAGUCAGUAACCAUAUUCCUGUUGAAAAGAAGAAAAAGAAGAAAUAA